AUAAACAAGGUUAUACUAUCGUUCGUGUUUUGUUUUUUUUUAAAUAUUUUACAUAAUGACUUUGAUAACGUUAUAUCAUUGUUUUAUCGGAAUAAACGUUUACAAGCAAUAAGGCGUAUCUUGAUUAGAUGGGUAGCAUUUGUUGUAAAUGUAGGAAGAUCAAGAACAAUGAUUUACCCACAGAAAAUAUUGGACAUGGACACAAUGCUCAAACUGACCAAAUUGAAUCAAAUGGAUACAAUGGUCAAAAUGGACGGAGUGCUCAACAUGGUCAUACAGAACUGAGAGAUGAAGGCAUUGAUGGAGCAUAUGUCGGUUCAGAAACCUCAUGGAGACGGGCAAAUACUAGUAUGUCAAAUAAUCAUCAUAGUAGACCGAACAGGGCUUUAAACUGCAGAUCGAGACUUGAGAAUAACGGCAUAUUAGUUAUCGACAAUAUUGAGGAAAUUACAAAAACAAGUGAUCAAAUAAGAGAAUAUAACAAUGAUAUUGGAAACCGUAGACAAAUAUUUAGAUGUAACUUCACUCCUAUUUCUCCGUCUAUUGGACUAAAGCGAAGCUCAAUGCCUGCAGGAAACUUUAUUGAUUGCAGAGGAGCAAAUGACGACAGGCGAUUCGUGUAUAUUAUCAAAGAGUGGGCAGAGUGGUCACACAGUGUUUGUCAAAUACGGUUUCCGAAUGGCACGGCAACAGGAUUUAGAGUUGGUUCAAGAUAUAUAAUGACUGCUUUUCACGUCGUGUCUAAAAUCCACCAGAAUAUUCCAGGAUCAAGAGAAUAUAUUGACGACUCUGGAAACCUGAUUGUAGAAUCAUUGAUACACCUGAACGUGUUUUGCUUGUUUGGUUAUUACAGAGAUGGUCCGUUUCCAAACAAUUGCUUAAAAAAAUUCUUUUUCAAACCUGUUGUUAAAUUCCUUGACGAAAAUACAGAUACCGUUGUUAUAGAACUAGCAGAUGAUCCCGAAGGUAACCAAAUGCCUCCACCAUUUGAGUUAUUCAGUGGCCAAGGGGUAGUAUCUGAAUUCACUCUGAUUGGACAUAAUGGCGGUGCUAUGGAACACAAUACAGUGGAUCAAGUUAUUGACAGAGACAGUACAACCACAUUCAGUGAUAUUCAAUGGGUUAAAAAUCAUAGUUUAGAACAAGCCCGUCGAGGUUACGAAUGUCCACCACACAGCGUGUUAUUAAACAAGCAAAGAAUUUUGUUUCAUUGUAAAUUUAGCAAAGGGGCAUCUGGAACACCAGGUAUAAUUGUUCAAGAAGAUGGUCGCGCGGUUGUGGCGACAAUGCUGUUAUGUGGAUACCCCGACUGGUAUUAUGAUAUUAGGGUGGAGGAAAGGAUUCGGUCUGAUUGGCCACAAGAGUACUGUAUAGAACAAGGUGCAGAUAUGAUUUCUGUUGGUAAAAAUAUGGCUGCUCGUAAUCCUUAUCUCUAUCAAGAUAUAUUUUGCAGGCAUUUACCUGAACCACUGUUAUGAUAUACGAAUAAAGUGAUGAGAUAUA